AUGGCAUCGGUAAGUAAUGACAUUGACCACUUAGAUGUCUUUGCACCUGCAAGAAUAGACAAGGGAAAGGGGGGAUCUGAGGGGACCCUCACGUGCCCGCAGACACCCAGUGAUGAAGAGCUGGGCCUGCAACCCCAGCGCCCAGCCAUCCGCUCCGUGAUUCCCCUCACCCAGAAUAACCCCUUAGCCUUCCCUUCAGGCCCCCCUUUAAAUACCCAACCCAAGACCUUCCCCACUCUCUUCUUCUACACCUCAUCCCUCUCUGUCAAUCCCAGCUGUGGGCAGAAUUCUAAAACGGCCCCCAAGGUCCCCGCUCCCGAGGUGGACACAUCUCUUCUCCCAGUUCCUCAAUCAGACGCUGACCUGGGUGCUGCUGUGCAGGGUUAUGGCAGCAAUGCCUCUGGGUCCCCAUUUUCCCAUGCCCCCAACCACUUCCUAAUGUCUGCCUAUCAGAUGAGUAUCGAAUGGAAUCUCCCCGCAGUGGCUUACCAGGUUGCGGGCAAAGGGGACCCAGGUGGCCGGCCCUCCAGCCUGACCUUUCAGCUUCAGCGUAGCAGAUGCCUCUGCAGUCGCUGCAGGCCCGUGCCGUGCACAGCCAACCCCAGGGCCAAGGGGGAGGACGUCAGCUGGAGCGACCCUGAGAUGGAGCCCAGGGCCCCCGAGACCCCCAAGGAUGGGGACCCAGAGGAGGACACAGCCACGGCCCUCCAACGGCUGGUGGAGCUGACGGCCACCAGGGUGACCCCGGUGAGGAGUCUGCAGGUCCAGUAUCGCCUCAUCCGAAAGCUGGGCUCCGGCUCCUACGGCCGUGUGCUCCUCGCCCAGCCCCGCCAAGGGGGUCCAGCCGUGGCUCUGAAGCUCCUACGUCGGGACUCCGUCCUGAGAACCACCUUCCUGAGAGAGUUCUGCGUGGGCCGCUGCGUCUCCUCACAUCCAGGCCUGCUGCAGACCCUGGCGGGACCCCUGCAGACCCCCCGAUAUUUUGCCUUUGCCCAGGAGUAUGCGCCCUGUGGGGACCUCAGCGGGAUGCUCCAGGAAAGGGGCCUCCCUGAGCUGCUGGUGAAGCGGGUGGUGGCCCAGCUGGCUGGAGCUCUGGACUUCCUCCACAGCCGGGGGCUGGUCCACGCAGAUGUCAAGCCCGACAACGUGCUGGUCUUUGACCCCAUGUGCAGCCGUGUAGCCCUAGGUGACCUGGGUCUGACCCGGCCAGAGGGCAGCCCAACCCCUGCACCCCCAGUCCCACUGCCCACCGCACCGCCCGAGCUCUGCCUCCUGCUGCCACCCGACACCCUGCCCCUGCGGCCGGCUGUGGACUCCUGGGGCCUGGGGGUGCUUCUCUUCUGUGCAGCUACUGCCUGUUUCCCUUGGGACGUGGCACUAGCCCCCGACCCCGAGUUCGAAGCCUUUGCUGGCUGGGUGACCACCAGGCCCCAGCCACCUCAGCCACCACCACCCUGGGACCAGUUUGCACCCCCAGCUCUGGCCUUGCUCCAGGGGCUUCUGGACCUGGAUCCUGACACUAGGAGCCCUGCAUUGGCUGUCCUUGAGUUCCUGGGGGACAACUGGGGGUUAGAGGGGAACAGAGAGGGACCCGGGGGAUUGGGAAAUGAGUCCUAUGAGGGUGGUGAGGAGGGGGAAGAGGGAGGGUCGAGCUUGGAGGAGUGGACAGAUGAGGAGGAUGACGACAGAAGUGGCAGGAAGACAGGGACAGAUGCGGGAGCGCCCUUACCAGGUGACUGAGACAGGUGGCCAGAGCCUGGGCCAAAGGCCCUUCCCCCAACCCCCAUGGCCACCUGGAUGGGGAGACAGCUGCUCCCAGGACAAUGGAGGGAACACACUGCACCUCUCCCUACUGAGUGUUUCACUUGAAUGUGCAAUUCCCCUUCCAACUGAGGACCCAGGGGUCCCCCCGCCCCUCCUCCCUCAGACCCAGAGUCCAGCCCCAGCCCCUCCUCCCUCGAGGACCCUUCCUGUUCCGUCUGUCCUCAUUGUGUGUUCUUGAAUGUGGUUACCCCCCAUAGAUACAUGUCUGUGCUCUGCGGACGUGCUGAAUGCACAGCAUGGAGUUCUAAAGGGAUCACUCCUCUCCUCUAAGACCUUGGGUGACUCCCACUGUCCAUGGCAGAAAGUCUGAACUUUCGGGAUCCGACACCAUGUGAAUCUCAGCCUCCACCGCUCCCAUUUCCCUGGGGUCUGGGUAUUGCCAUGUGAGUCACUCAUCCAUCUGGACCCGGCUACACACACACACGUUGCUGCUGGCACACACUGGCACAUCCUGUCCCCUCCACCGAGAGCACCUUUCCCCCAGCCCACGGCUCCAGAAAGCGGCCCCCACCCCCAGCUCUCUCUCGCUUUCUGGGGAACUUAUAUCAGAGCAAUCCCUUUUUCUUUUUCUGUCUCCCAUCUCUGACUGUCCAGGAUGGACCUCUUUCAUUUCUAGAUCCUUCCAAGUUUUGCUCCCUCAGAGCAAAACCACAGUUCGUGAUUGUCCAAGCGCCGUCCCUCUUUCUCAGGCCCAUCCAUCCUAAGAGCCAGGCCUAGUUCUGACGGGCCUUGUCAUUUCCCCCGGCCGGCCUGGGGCCCCCAUUUUCCCGAACCACCUCCCUGAUGGUACACGGACCUCUGGCUUGGUUCGUGCCUGCAGGACAGGGGCUGAAGAGAUCCGAUUCUGUGUCCCCAGCACCCAGUGGAGGCUCAGGAACAGGAAACUGUGUUUCCCCCAUCAGAACGUAUGCUUUCUGGAUUGAAAAGUGAGUUCGCUAAGUGCAACAUGGCACCCUGGGCUGGACCCUGGGACAGAAAAAGGAUGUCCGUGGAAGCGCUGAUGGGAUAAGAUCAGGCUGGUACUUGCCUAAUCAUUAAGUUUUUGGUUUCCACAAACAUACCCUGGGUUGUGUUCAUGUGCCAGUGUUGGGGAAGCUGAGUGAGGGGCACGUGGGAAGUGCACAAUCUUUGCAACCGUACUGUAAAUCCACAAUUAUUCCAGAAUAAACAGUUUGUUUUAAAAAAUAAA